AUGGUUCAUUUGAUUCAUCGUAGCUCAGUUAUUUGGUCUUCUCCAGUGGCAUGACAGAAUGCUAUCAAGUUUUUGGAGGAAUGCGUGUUUUAUAUUAAUUUGUAAUUAUCCUUUUGUUUCCUUAUCGUGGUUAACUAUUACAGCUACGUUCUAGUCAAGUUAUUCUUCAACAUGAGCAUGCUGUACCAGUCCGUUCAUAUGCAAAAGAUUCUUCCCCGAGUAGCCUGCCUCCUCUGAAGGGAGACGGUAAGCUUGUUGAUAUAUGUUCUAUGAAUCUUGAUUGACCGUAUAUUUUAUGUUGAUGCACUGUCUGUCUUAUGGAUGUAUGUUUGUGUCAUCUUUCUGCUAAAUUUUGCUACCAACUUUCUCCUGCUUUCUUUUCUCUCUAACUAAUUCAUACAGAAAGAUCUUGGUCUUUCUGUUCUUCAGAUAGAUACUACAUAGUGUUUGAUUGUUUUCCUGGUAUCUAAACAACCCAAUUGAAUUUUCCAACAAUAGUGUCACUCAUCAAUUGAAUUUUCAUUGGCAUGGAACUUUUGUGCACGUCCUCGUUGCAUUGUAUAAAUUCCCUUUGAGUGCACCGAAUUGGUAUCAUUUUGAUGUUCAACCUUACAUCCUUAUUCAUGAAAAUUCUUGUGAAUUUUAUUCAGUAAAGUUUUUAACUAACUGAAAAAUAAAUGAUUAGAAUGCCUACCUUUGAACUGGCGGAAGCUACCUGGUCAUCUCAGUCAUUGCUUCAAAUUUUAAGGAUCCGUUAUCGAAGAUCCUAGCAUUACCCAGCUUGAUUGGAUCUGGUUUUGCGAUGGACGAUAAAAGUGCAAAGCGGCUGCUUUCUUUAUGCAACGCAGUCGUCUUUUGGUUGACUUUAUUGGGUUCUUUUGUCUUAUGAAUCUAAUGAGAAAUAUCUUUCCAUGUAAUUGUUCGCUUUUCUGAACAAAGAUAGGUGGAGCCAUGUCUGUGGUAAGCUAACGACCCGGCCUAAUGCCACAGAUGGUUGCGCAUGAAAUUCUCUUCCCUAAGAACUUGAAACGCUGCGGCAAUUAAAGAAAAUGAACUAGAUAGAAUCUUCUUUAAAACUAAUGCAUUGGAAUCGAAAUUUUUCUCCGGUCAGGGACCUUUCGAGGGAAGGUGUUCAGGACUUGGAACAUCUAAAUUCUACCGAACAACCUCUUUGUUGUAUCUUUGACUCAGUAUUUAAUCAUUAUAAUGGCUUUUGCUAGAAUUGCUUCAAAAUAUUCUGUACGGUAAUACAUCCAAUUCCGUCAUUGAUACAUAUCUUAUUCUUGAAGAGAUGCUGAAGAACAUCUUUCUGGAUGUUAAAAAGAAAUUCGAAGUAGCUCUUGGAAUUCUAAGGCAGGAAAAGAUUACUAUUGAUCCAGAGGAUCCCGCUGCAGUCAGUCAGUACGCAAAGGUUAUGAAGACUGUGAGAGAGAAGUAUGUUAUUUUUUUAUUCUCUUGCAUAAUUUUAUUAUUUGGCUAAAUUUUACGGGAAUCCAGGCAUAGAUUCUGUUAUUGCUUGACUUUGCAUAGAUUAUCCCAGUUUUGACCUUGAUACCAAUGAUGAUCCUUGUCGUCUGUGUAACUUUUUGCCAAAACUGUUGUGGAGGGUGUUUUUAUUGGAGUAGCCGGCAGUACUGUCUUAAUCAACACAAAGGUGCAUAUUUUUGACAUCCGUGUUUUUAGUUGUUGUCAAACUCUGAUAUAUUUUAUCAUUGUGGAGGGAAAAAAUACCAGGCUAUUCUAACAUUCCCCAAUGCAAUAAUUAUUGAAUCCAUAAGUGUUGAGAGUUGACUAGCCAACGCUACGAAAAUGCUUUUACUUGAUUCUAUUUGUGAAAAGAAAAUUAAUUUACGUGGGGAAAACCUCUUCUGUCCUACUUUCUGAAGGAAGAAAAAUAAUUGUCUAUAGCUUACAGAUCUGUUCUACUCUCUGAACAUUGAGGUUUACAUUUUAGACUGGUGGAUCAUAGCCCUUUUUUAACUAUAAAUCCAUAUCGAAACACUGAUGGCUCUGACCUGUCCUGUAUGUGCUGUGCAGAGCGGGCUUAUUCUCAGAAUCUGAGAGGAUAAAGUACACCAUUGAGGAGCGGACUCAAGGAAUUCAGGAUGCACGUACCUAUUUGUUGACUCUGAAGGAGAUUAGAGUCAGGUAUAAAAUUACUGUUAAAUAUCUUUGGCACAUCAGCGUAAUGAUUUUUUCAUCAAAGUAAAAGCACUACGAACAAGUGGCCAUUCUCUUUCUUGAUAACCAUAGUGACGCAGUAUAUUCUUGCUCCCAGCAGUUGCAAAACUCAAAAUUUAGCGUACAUUGCUAGUGCAUCUCUUUCAUGCACUCGGAUACUAAUUUAUGUAAUCCAAUGGUAGUUAAAACAUGAACGCUGGCGAAUUAAACCACCCACCAUCAUUCUGUGAAGAGAUGUGUGCGAAAUGAUUUUUAAGGUGUGAAAAAUAUAUGUAAAAAGGAAAACGUAGUGGACUUCCUGCCCUAGAUGAUAUGUGAUCCAGAGGAUCACCGAUUUGAAACAGAAUGCAGAUACAUUCAUACAUACCAUGUAACUAAGAAUAUAAUGAAGUUACUCAAAAACAUCAACAAUUUCAAACCCAUAAUCUGUUUCAGCGAAAAGGUCAUCUACAGCAGGGUUAUUGUGAUAGAUACGUAUGCAAAACUUUUCUUUUAAUGCCAUUUAUUUUAUUUUAUUUUAUUCUUUUCCUGCUUUCAUCGCGUGUUAUUCCUGUCGAUGUGCGGUAAAUCAAGCCCUCUAUCUGGUGGUGGAGCAAUUCCUUUUGUACCGUUGUCACUGGAGGCUCCGGCAACUUACAUAUUUUUGCUGUAGGAGGGGACUCACAGAUGAUCUUGGCGCCGAGGCUCUGAUGAUGGAAGCCUUGGAGAAAGUGGAGAAAGAGAUCAAGAAGCCGCUUCUGAGGUCUGAUAAGAAGGGAAUGUCCCUUCUCUUGGCCGAAUUUGACAAGGUCAACAAGAAGUAAGUUAAGAUGCUAACGUUACUUUUUUUUUUCUUUUUUCUUUUUUUUUGUGCUGAAAGAAAUUUUGGAACUUGGUGUUUCGUCGUCUACAGUCAGAUUUUAUUUUUCUUUUUUUUUUAAUUUUAAGAAAACCUAAUAUUCAAGUGCCUCAUGCAGUUCAAGCUCUUGUCACAAAAUUUUAAAUAUAAAUUUAAAGAAAACCUAAUGUUCGAUUCAGUGUUUUUUUGUUUAUAAGGUGUUUAAUGAGGCUGACCCCUGUGUCUACAUAUGAAAAAUGUGAAACUAGGCUGGGCAUAUCGAAAGAGAACAUAGCCAAGUACGAUGAAGAACUGGAGCUUAAAAUCGCAAAAGAACAGCUGCAGGAACUGAAGAAGGAUGCCGUCGAAGCCAUGGAGACUCAGCUCAAGAGGUGAUCUUCUCUAUCGUGUUUUCUAUUGAUUAUAGUCUGCAAUCACAAUAGAGAGCAGAUAUCUGUACACAGCAGUUCCACCGAAAUGCUUGUUUGUCUCUCACCUGGUUCAUCUGUUGCCCGCCACCGGCACCGCCUCAGGGAGGAGUUCAAGGACGAGCAGAUGGUCGACGCCAAGUCUCUGGACAUCCGGAACUUCAUCUGA